UGUCAAAAAUGUAUUAUUUGCUCAAUUUGCUAUUAUCAUGUGAACAUAAAAUGAUCAGAAGAUUCAAAGAAUUCGAAGAAAAACUUCCAAAUUUCCCAGACAAAACAGGGAAAAGCCCUUUUUCUUGGUUGGUCAAAAGAAAUACUAAUAUUGAUUAAAAUUAAAAGAAAAAGUGAUGGCAGUAACAGAUGAUCAACAAUUUUGUUUAAAAUGGAAUAAUUUUCAAGCGAAUAUAACUUCUCAAUUUGAGACUCUUCGAGAUGAUGAAGAUUUUACUGAUGUUACAAUUGCCUGUGAAGGGCAAAAGCUACAGGCACAUAAGGUUGUGUUGUCAGCCUGUAGCCCAUUCUUUAAAGAACUCUUUAAGAGCAACCCUUGUCCCCAUCCAAUCAUAUUUAUGCGAGAUGUAGAAGCUCGGCAUAUCACAGCUUUGAUGGAAUUUAUGUAUGCGGGAGAAGUAAACGUAGCUCAAACUCAUCUCUCAGCAUUUCUCAAAACAGCUGAAUCGUUAAAAAUCAGAGGUCUAACUGAUACCUCAUCUGAUCUCGCCAAAGAAGAAGAUACUCAAGAUACUGUAUAUUCUCAGAAAAGUGCAAAACAUAAGUUAGAUAGGUCUCCAAAUCCAAAUAGUACUGUUACUUCUAGUCAAGAUGUUCCCGAGGCUUUGCCUAUAGUUUCUAGUCCUCCAGCAAAAAAACUUUGUAAAGACGAUACAGAACUAAAUUCUGAAAGGCAAGACGAGGCUGUGAAUUCUCACGGAAUAAAAGAUAUCGUGAGCGAAGAGAAGACAAAAGAGAUUGCCAAAAAUUUCGAACCUAAACUUGAGUUACCCGAUUAUUUAAGUGACGAUGCAGACGACGUUAGGGAUGAUAACGAUAUCGAAGGGCUGGCAACCAGAUUAUAUCCAGCAACGGACAUCAAGGAAUUGUCAGGCGGAAUGGAAAUUAUACCUCAAUCUUCAGGCUUCCUAGAUAAGGAGUGUAAACAGGAAUUUUUAGGGCCAGGCAACGACAUGAGAAAACUUCACUCGCUGGAUCCCAGACCGUGCGACGAAUGCGGCAAAGUAUACAGUAAUCUUUCUAAUUUGCGACAACAUAUGAGACUAAUACAUUACCCCACAUACGUGCAGUGCGUCUUUUGCCAGAAACAGUUCAAGACAGACCUUUAUCUCAGAAGACAUGUCAUUAGUGCUCAUAACAACGUGAAUGCAACUUACUAUAGACCUGGCCUGCAAAGUGACAAAAUAGCUAAUUCCAAAUAUGUUGAUGGGCAGGAUAAUAAAAAUGACAUUUACCUAAAAACCGGAUUAUUUAAAACGCAGUAUUAGAAUUUAAAAAUGUUCUUGUAGACUUUAAAGUUACUCUUAUCAAAGUACGAAAUAAUUGUCAGGGACAUGGAAUAUGCCUUCCUGCUUCUGGGUUAUUACUCACGCCCACAGAAAAAUGUGUAAAUAAAAUAAACGUAACCUACCUUUUAAAGAUAUAAUCAGUUGAUUUCUUUAAAUCACAAUUUUAGAGAAAAGAAAAUAGUCGAACACACGUUUAAACCCUUUUGGUUGCGUUAAUAACAUUAUAUGAGAGUUAUUUGCCAGCAAUUUAAUUGAAUUCAUGAUCAAGGUCAUUCAAGGUUAAAUCUCAUUUGAUUGUCUGAAACACUGGCCAGGAAUGAAUUGUAUAUUGUUAAAACUGUGAAGUGUAUAUGCAGGUGCAUUGACAAGAACAAAGUGAACAAACUACACAAGAAACAAGAUUUCUAAAUUGAUCCAAAAAUAGAUCUGGAAUAGACUGUGCAUUCUUCUUCCUCUUCUUCUGCUUCUUCUUCUUUUAAUAGGACUAUGUCCUGUUUCUUCUGUUACAGUUUCUGCUGCGAUCCGGAGCUCCAGCUCUUGUACCAUCGUUUUUUGGGUUAGCUCUCUCAAUGUGUCUUCGUUUCGUAUCCUAUCUCUGAGUGUGAUACCUCUUAUGGAUCAUAGGGUUUUCAUCUCUGUUGUUCUCAUUAUUUGUUAGGUCUUUAUUGUCUCAGCAGCAUAUGUCAGUACGGGUCGAAGGUCUAACACAUAACUUAUAAAUAUGCGGACUUUGCUUUCAGUACUCAUAUAUUUAUCCCGCCAGAUUAUAUCCCUCAGGAAACCAGAUAUUUUCGCUGCUUUCGUUGCCUGUUGUUUUAUUUCUUGCCACAGAUGCCUGUCGCUAGACAAUGCAGGUAAACUAGAAGUCAAACAAUAGGGAACUUGCACUAAAAAAAUGUUUUGCAUAAAAUUGUUAAUUUAUGUUUUAGAAUGUUAUAUUCAAAAUAUUACGUCUUAACAAUGAAUAGUGUACGUACAACAUCUGAUCAAAGUUCCGCGCCUAAAAUUUUCGUUUCAAACAACUUCAAAAGCGAGAGCUGGGGUCUGACGUCAUAGGCCACUCGUAUCGUUUGCCCGUUCGGUGGGCUAUUGCAUUUAAUGCAGUUUGCCCAUAGAUAAAUAAUAUAGUUGAAAUAUCUUGUUUUACUCUGUGGCAAAAAUGAUUUUUUCUGUGACAGGCAAAAUAUUAACAUUUUAUCUCUGUUGACAUGUAUCAAAAUGUUCUUUUUUAUGAAAUUACUUUUGUCGUUUCUUGUGUUGAAGAACAAAGAAGAAACAAGUAACUUAAAAAUAAACAAAACUUUUAGUAAUAAAAGUAAGAGUAACUAAAAAAUAUUGGUGCUACUAUAGUAUGCGGUCUACAGUCGGGUUUCUACUAUAGCUUGCGGUCUACCGAGGGAUGCGGUGUAAGUAUAAGCUGAGAUGAUAAAGAUACUAACUUGUAAAAUUACAAUAAUGAUUCUUCUUAUUUAUGCGUAUUAUUAACUUUGUAAAGAAGGAUUUUGUUGGCUAUGUACACGUUCUAUCGGUACAUCUGCUAAUCACCAUAAUCUUUUCUCAGAAGGCUUUGAACACAAUAAUGAAAGGCUCCAGUAGGUACUAAUAAACAUUACAAUAAAAUAUAAUCUUUAUUAUAAUGCAAAUUACACCGUAAUAUUUUCCAGGACAUACGAAAUCUUUCGAUUAGAGGUAGGUAGAUCAAACCCACGGGGUAAACCUUAUAUUAUAAUAUAAUGGUACCAAACUAUUGUUAUAAACGGUUUAAACAUGCUUAUUAAUAACUCUUACUUAUUUGCCUUGACACCUCGCAUUUCUCCAAUAGAAUAGCUUUCACUACUUUUUAUAAAAGUUGCCACCAUGAAGACAUCAACGGUAGGUAAAUUGUCAGACUUACCCUCGUCCGUCAUAUUAUGCGUUUUAACGUUUUAAACUCUUUACAAAGUAGCACUCAACUUUAUCAAUUUCAGUUUAAAACUAAGCUGAUUGGGGAACUACUUAUACAAUAUAUAAGAUGAACAUAAAUAAUACCUAGGAAUUUUCCAUUAAAGACGAUUAAAAUGUAAUAUACCCGUGAUACCUACCCUAAUCGCGUUGUUUCCGACUGCUAGUCCGUUUGACCGUGGCCCGUGACGUCGGACCAAUAGUAGGACGUUCAAGAGCCUCAGUUCAAGAUAUUUGAAUUUUAUAGCAUUUUCAAAGCGUCGUAAUUAGCGUACGGGUUAAAAAUAUUUGUUUUUUUCGCAUGCAAGCGUUUUAAGAUCAUGUUACCUUAUGUUUUUUAAUAUCAUUUUAAUAUUUAAAAAUUUAUGCAAGUUCCCUAUUAGGAAUGCACCGGUACAAACUUAACGGCAAACAAAUUCGAUCAAUUUUUCCUCAUAUAUUAGUUUUUUUGCUACCGUCAAGUUUGGCAGAACAGCGCUGUUGCCAAAUAAAAAGCACAUAUUUAUUUACCAAAGCUGCUACAGCCUACACUGUUUCUCUUUGUCUUUAAGAGUGUGAAACAAAGAUAAAACUAACUUUACUGUGUCAAACUGACAUUGUCCGAUAUAAGGUUAUGUAAGAUGUUUGUUUGUUUAUUCACUACUUCUAACCAAUAAAAUGCUCGCUGUAAUACGAAUGGCAUGUCAAAAAAAUCUAAUUAUUCCCUAUAUAUUUUUUCAAAUUUAGAAUAUGGCAACAAGGAGAAAAUUGCGUGCAUUCCUUAUUACGACUUUUGGAAACUCUUUGAAACCACCUUAACCAGUAUUGGCAGGUAAUCCAAUCACGGGUUCGGGUUCUACAGGCAGAGUAAAUAAGUUGCCAGGAUGUCGGUCCAUUCGUUCCCUUCUACAUCUGUCCCGGUACCCAUAUUAACUUGACCUUACUGGUCAGCGCAACAUCAGCCACUGCUCUCUUGCACUCAAGCACCAGCUUAGAGCUGACUUUGGGUGCUUUCAGAGCCUUUAGAACUGCUUACCAGUAGAACCAUCUCUAUCUACUAUCAGAGCAGCUAUAGAUGAUCCUGCCUGGGCAAGCCCAUAUGAUCACAUUUAUUCAUAAUAAUUUUAAAUUCAUGUGUUCACCGGAGGGUCCGCAGACGUUCGGAUACAACUUUGUAAAGACAAUGAAAUCGACUUUACUAAGUAACAAGAUAUUUACUCAACACACACUACACAUUACACUUACUGAUUGCGAAAUCAACAGCACCAUGCCAAUGGCUACGCCAUUAGUUGUCGAGGCAUUAAGCUAGAUAAAAAAAAUCCAUGUGGUGGUAGAGGUUUAUGUCCCCAAGCAUGCAUACGCAUACUAGAUUUUUUUUUACAUCUUUGCAUCUAAUUUGGCCUUUUCGUGUUGAUUAUAUUACCUCAUAUAGAAAUCAAACUACCUGAUUCAUAAAAAUGGAAUAAACAUUUUGAUUUCGUUGCAAAACGAAACCAAAGCCGUCUUAUGUUUCAGUUCGCUUAGAGAACGCUGUAAGCACUCUGACCGGUUUCAGAACUUGUUAGUUUAUCAUCAAAGAAUGCGUAAUAUAGCUAUCUCUAAACAAACUAAAAUAAUUCAGAUGACUAGCCUCGAAUUGCAACUAACGAAAUGGCAUGGGUGUCUUAGCAACAUCUGCUAGAAACAAGUCAAAGUUUUCAAUCUAAUGAAAUAUAAAAUAGUAUUAAAUUAAAAACCUCCGUGGCUUCUAAAAAUACAUGCCAAACGGAUGCUGGAGCAAAAGAAGAUAAGGGAAAUCUAAAAUUUGCAAUUCACAUCUCACCUGUCCAGCGCGGAAAAAUUCCAAGGAAAAAUGGACACCCAUAUACUCAGAUAGGAGUGAACUAAAAUAAAAAUGAAUAAACAUUUUCAUUGUCGUUAAGACGGCUUUGAUUUUGUUCUGCAACGAAACGAAAAUGUUUUUAUUUUAUUAGUUUACUCCUAUAUGAGUAUAUGGGGGUCCAUUUUUCGUUGAAAUUUUUCCGCGCUGGAGAGGUGAGAUGUGAAUUGCAAUUAGAAUUCCUUAAUCUUCUUUUGCUCCAGCAUCCGUUUGGCUUGCAUUUGCACCAAAAAUGGUCCCAAUAAGGUUUUUAAUUUAAUAUUAUUUUAUAUUUUAUUAGAUUGAAAACUUUGACUUGUUUCUAGCAGAUGUUGCUAAGACACCCAUUAUUACGGUUGAAAAUUUAGUAGUAACGUUUGUUGAGUUUUGGUUGUUUAUAACCGAUUAUUUUGUCCUUGUAGGAUGUAUAAUUUGUAUGUUUGGAUGUAUAUGCUUUUUGUGUGAGUCAGUGAGAGAAGAUUUUUGUUGUAGAGUUUUUUGUUUUUGAACGCCUUGUUAGAAAAUCAACAACGUUCAUUCUUUUUUUCAAUAAACAUUUUUGAGAAAGCACUUGAAGCCUGGUCGGCGAUUUGGAUUCCCAGUUUUUUUAAUUGAAAUGGUAAUUUUUCAAUCCUUUGGUGGGAUGUACUGGGAAUUCUCUUAUUGAGGUAUCCGUUGGUGUGCUGGAAAUUUGGGGCACGUAAAGAUUUGUCUUGGAAAAUCCUCUAGAGAUUAAUUCGAUGUUUAUUGAUGGCCAGGCUGAGAGUCGUGUAAUAGACCCUUUUGUAUGUUAAAGGGUGUUCCGGUAGUACAAAAUUGUAUGUAUUUAUCGAUCCUGUUUAAAGAAGUAAUAGAAGUACAUUUAUUUACCAGAUUUACAUUUAUUCAGUAUAUUGGAAAUAAUAAAUUUGGCAGAUUUAUUUAGAAGUUCGAUAUUUGACGUGACAUUUUGACAAAAUUUAAGGAAGAUUGCAGUGUGUUUAUCCAGGCAAAUGAUUUUUUUUAUUGAAGGAAAUAAGGACGGUAAUAGAUUUUAUUUUAUUUUAUGGGAGAAAACAAGAAAGAACAAGGUACCAUUUAGAUUGGGUUAAGGGGUCUAAAAAGGGGACUAAAAUACAAUGAUUUUUAUAUUUAUGUGAAGGAAACAGCUGGUUCUGGUUUAUUUUUUUAAUUAAUUACUUACUUUUGUUCUUAUAAACUAUUGAAAUCAAAAUUAAUAUUUGUAUGUAAAAAGGGACUUAAAAUUUUGUUGACAUUAUAUUAUCUAUAGUUAUCUAGUGUUUUAUUUGAACUGUCAUGUCUCAUGCUCAUCUAAAUCAAACCAACUAAUAAUAUAAAAAUAAUUCCGACUGAGAAAUAGCUGUGGUACCAUGCCAUUUCGUUAGUUGCAACUCGAGACUAGUCAUCUGAAUUAUUUUAGUUUGUUUAGAGAUAGCUAUAUAUGCAUUCUCUGAUGAUAAACUACCAAGUUUUGAAACCGGUCAGAGUUCUUAUAGCGCUCUCUAAGCGAACUGAAAUAUAAGACGGCUUUGGUUUCGUUUUUCAACGAAUUGAAAAUGUUUAUUUAUUUUUAUUGCAUUAGUGUACUACUAUCUUGAGUAUAAAUAGAGUGGUGCAUUUUUAGUUGGAAUUUUUCGGCGCUGAGAAGCGCUUUAGAAGCCACGGAGGUAUAACCAGAAAAAUGGUCCCAAUAAGGUUUUUAAUUUAAUAUUAUUUUUAUAUUUUAUUAGAUUGAAAACUUGACUUAUACCUGAUUCAUCUUCAUUCUUCGCCAUAAUAAACAAAUUCUUUUUUAUUUCAAAUUGUUUUUUUUUUGUCACUGACAACUAUUUUGUACUUGGAUUUUAAGAGGCAUUAAUUACUGUUGGCAGAGCAAUUGCAAAAUUAAAUAAAAUAAAUGCACAUUUUUGUAAAUUUAUGGAAAAGGUAUGUUCUUUGAUUUGUAUAAUCGUAUAAAUUGUACAGAUUAUAGUCGUAUAGAUAAUACGUAAAUCAUUUUUUUCAUCAAUCCAUCAACAACUAGAAUAAAUGUUAUAAAUGAGUAUAAUCACGGACGUACCUUUUUUCUGUCACUUCAAACUUAAUGCAGUAGAAAGAAAUCGAAAAACUGUGACGCACUGAAAGAAGCCUCCGAGAAAAAGUAUACCUGUAAAAAUUGAUAGCUAAAAAGCCAAACAUCGAAAUUUUAUACAGUUCUCAGAUUUAUAUUCUACAGUAGAUAGUAGAGUAUCCAUGAAAGAUUGGCUAAAAAUGUGCAAAUAUUUUAAAUUGUAUUAUACCAUUUCUAGUCAUAGACCACGGCGCAUCUGUAAAAAUAUGAGUACAUUUGGACGUUUAGCGGUGACUCAUAUUUUUUUGCAGAAAUUGCUUGAAAAUAACUCACGUAAUAAUAUUUGAGUUAUCCUCCCACUCAAAAAGGUCCGGAACAUUGUUUAAAUAAUUAAAAUGUCAAAAAAUUAAGGAAAAAUUCGAUUUUUUUUCUUUGUUUUUUGAUUAUAACUUUAAAAGUAUUCAUUUCCGAGAAAAGUUUUACUAACAUAAAAGUUGCGUAAUUAAAUUUCCAGUAAUAUAGGAUUGGUUAAACAUUUAAAAAAUUGUCACCCUUUUUGCAAAAUAGCAAUAAUUGCAAAAAAACCAUAAAAAAACAAGUAUUUGCAUUUUACGUUUUUCAACUAUUUAUGCUACAGUUAGGACCUUCAUAUUUCACCCAAAAAAACUUUAUGAUAUAAUAAAACAAUACUGUAAAUUUCAUUAAGAUCGGUUUAAUAGAUUUUGCAAAAUAAAUUUUGCAAUUCAGCUUUCUCAAAAAAUAUGCAUUUAUUCAAAAUGUUGCAGGACUGAAAAUAAAGCAGGCAGCAAGUUGAAAUUUUUCUACAUAUAGAAGAAUACUGUACCUUUUAUUUGCAAUUUGCAAAAUUAAAAUCGGUUAACUAUCACGGCAUCAGGAAUUUUUUUAAAUAAACAUUAAGUUUUGGUGCUACGCGCAGGACAGCGGAUACGUUUGGUCUGAUUAGGCAUUCCAAUGACCUUUGAUAAUGAUUGAUCAAUUUUAAUUUUUAGUAAAUUUAGAUAUAAAUAAAUAAAUUUGUUUAUUGCAAAAUAAAAACACAUAUUUAGUCCUUUGAAAUAAUACUUUUUUUAGCAAAAAUUUUCUUUGUUCAUACAUUUUAACUUUUAAUUAGAUUAACUUUAACAGAAAAUAAAAGUUUAUUAUUUCACAAACAAUAAUCAAAUUAGUUUGAUUUUUGUGGAAUUAAAAUAUUAAAAUACAACAAAACAUAGAGUAGGAAAAUAAUAUAUUAGAUAAACACAUUUGUUUGUCCCCAGCCGCAAUAUUCGAUAAUUUUUGACAGGUCAUUCGAAUGCCCAAUCAGAGCAAACGUAUCCGCUGUCCUGCGCGUAACACCAAAAAUUAAUGUUUGUUUAAAAAAUUUCUGACGCCGUUGUAGUUGACCGAUUUUAAUUUUGUAAAUUGCAAAUGAAAGUGACAGUGUCCUUCUAUAUGUAAAAAAAUCAGCUUGCUACUGCUUUAUUUUCAGUCCUGCAACAUUUUGAAAAAAUGAAUUUUUUUUGCGAAAGCUGAAUUGCAAAGUUAAUUUUGCAAAAUCUAUUCAAUCGAUCUUAACGAAAUGUACAGUAUUGUUCUAUUAUAUAAUAAAAUUCUUCUGGGUGAAAUAUGAAGGUCCAAAGUGUAGCAUAAAUGGUUAAAAAACGUAAAAUUCAAAUACUUGUUUUUUUAUGGUGGUUUUCGCAAUUAUUGCUAUUUUGCAACAAGGGUGACAAUUUUUAAAAUCCUAUUUUAACCAAUCCUAUAUUGUAGGAAAUUUUUGUCAGUACAACUUUUCUCGGAAAUGAAUACUUUUAAAGUUAUGAUCAAAAAACGAAGAAAAAAAUCGAAUUUUUCCUUCAUUUUUUGACAUUUUGAUUUUUUAAACAAUGUUCCGGAGCGUUUUGAGUGGGAGGAUAACUCAAUUAUUAUUGUAUGAUUUAAUGCCAAGCAAUUUCUGCAAAAAAACAUGAGUCACCUCUCAACGUCCAUCUCAAAACAGAUGCGCCCUGGACUAUCAACAAUUAUACAUAAUUUUUAUUUGGUCAUGGAAGAAAUGUUAAAAUUCUCAUGAUCUUUUAUGCCAUAAAAUUAAAAAUAAGUCUGUUUUGAUCCAGAUGAAAAUGUGUAUAUUGUAAUUGAUUUUUUUUUAUUUAUUGUAAUUUAAAUUUUUAGAUUAGACAAUAAAAUAAUGCAAAAGA